AUGGGUGCCAAGAAAAGUAAGACGGCCGAACUUCUCCCAGAGCCAGAGGACACACAGGACAGCUCGCAGCUCAAGGAGUAUGCAUUUGAGAUGGCUGCCUCCUCCAUUCGAUUCGGACCUGGCGUAACGCGCGAAGUCGGCAUGGACUUCAAGAACAUGGGCUCCAAGCGUGUUUGCGUCGUUACCGAUCAAACUGUCGACAAAUUGACGGCUAUGGAACAAGUUCGAGAGGCAUUGGCCCACGAGGGCGUCAACUUCAAAGUCUUCAACAAGACAAGAGUCGAGCCAAAGGAUAGCUCCAUCCGCGAGGCCAUUGACUGGGCCAAGCCCUUCAACCCGGACGCCUUCCUGGCCGUGGGAGGUGGCUCGGUCAUCGACACAGCCAAGCUGAUGAACCUGUACACCUCGUACCCGGACGCCGACUUCCUGGACUUCGUCAACGCGCCCCUCGGCAACGGCCGCCCGAUCGACAAGCCCCUAAAGCCCCUGGUCGCCGUCCCCACGACCGCGGGCACCGGGUCCGAGACCACCGGCACCGCCAUCUUCGACCUCGUCUCCAAGCGCGCCAAGACCGGCAUCGCCCACCGCAACCUCAAGCCCACCCUCGGCAUCUGCGACCCCCUCAACACGCGCACCAUGCCCGCCGCCGUCAAGGCGAGCUCCGGCCUCGACGUGCUGUGCCACUCGCUCGAGAGCUGGACCGCCAUUCCUUACAACGAGAGGACGCCACGGCCGCAGAACCCCAUCCUUAGACCUGCUUACCAGGGUGCCAACCCGAUUAGUGACAUCUUCUCGCUGAAGGCGCUGUAUGACUGCGUCAAGUAUCUGCCUCGCUCUGUCAGGAACCCGGAUGAUAUGGAGGCGCAGAGCCAGAUGCUGCUCGCUGCGACGUUGGCAGGUGUCGGAUUUGGAAAUGCAGGCGUGCAUUUGUGUCACGGAAUGUCCUAUCCGAUCUCCGGACAGAACCCAGGCUACCAACACGCCGGCUACGAGGUCGACACCCCCAUCAUCCCGCACGGCGUCUCCGUGGCGGUCACCUCGCCCGCUGUGUUCAAGUUCACAGCCGCGUCCAACCCCGAACGCCACCUGCAAGCCGCAGAGGCAUUCGGCGUGGACAUCAGCAACGUGAAGAGGGAGUCCGCCGGUGAGGUCCUGGCAGAGGCUCUGAGGAAAUUCCUCGACAGCCUAGGCGAUCAGCCCUCGGGACUGAAGCAGCUGGGAUUUGGCUCAGAGCAUAUCGAUGACCUGGUGGAAGGCACGAUCCCGCAGGCGAGAGUGUUGAUGCUGGCUCCGAACUUGGCCAGGGAGUUGCAGACGGAGAGGGAGCAGCUGAGGGGGUUGUUUGAGGAGUCCUUGUGA